AACCGGGGAGAAUCACGAUUUAGAGCGAAAUGACAGGACGUGGUGUAAUAAGGACUAAGCUUAGUUCCCAAACACGUUAAAAGUACGAGGCUUUGCCAUGUCAAUUCAGGGCCCUACCAGUCGGGUAGUGGCAUGGGAGUGCGCCACUGCGGAUGAAGAGUGCAUGGAACAAGCUUUAAGGUGGGAGAUGACGGGGAGUGGUGUCGUCAAGGACGUCUAUGUAGUCGCAUCUAGAUUUGAGAAAGUGAUCAGCGAUAGACUGAGGCGCAGGUUGGACGUCCGCGGGAAGAAGCUGUCAGAGAUCGGCAAACGGGCAAGCCUAUUAAUAUGAUGUGCUGCACGCACACCUGUGUUGCUGAGAAAGGACGAUAAUAAAAAUAAAUGGAUAUGGCCACGGGGGUAGAGUUUAUGGGGCCAACCAGAGAAGCGUGUAAGAUGAUUGAGGCAACGGGAUAUUGGUAUGGAUAUAUGGCGAAUGAAGAGCAUGCAAGAGCUUUAUGGUGAGAGCCAAGGGAGUUGUAGUAACGGUUAUAAUGAAAAUGAGUACAAUCGAAGUCAAAGAG